UCCGGUUGGGCUCGCAAGUGCUUAUGGGUAGUGAGCUUUUUGAAUAGGGAAGAUGGCAGCCGCGGCAGUGGUGGAGUUUCAGAGAGCUCAGUCUCUCAUCAGCACAGACAGAAACGCUUCUAUUGACAUUUUUCAUUCAAUAGUGAGACGAGAUGUCCAGGAAGAUGAUGAAGAGGCGGUUCAUGUCAAGGAGCAGAGCAUCCUGGAGUUGGGAACUCUCCUGGCUAAGACGGGACAAGCUGCAGAGCUUGGUGGCCUGCUGAAAUUUGUAAGGCCUUUCCUGAUCUCCAUAAGCAAGGCAAAGGCAGCACGGUUGGUGCGCUCGCUCCUGGAUCUGUUUCUGGACAUGGAGGCUGCCACAGGCCAGGAGGUUGAGCUGUGCCUGGAAUGCAUCGAAUGGGCUAAAGCUGAGAAAAGAACCUUCCUCAGACAAGCCCUAGAGGCUCGACUCAUUUCACUCUACUUUGACACAAAGAGAUAUCAGGAGGCCCUUCAGCUGGGUUCCCAAUUGCUACAGGAGCUGAAGAAGAUGGAUGACAAAGCUCUGUUGGUGGAGGUUCAGCUGCUGGAGAGUAAAACCUACCAUGCUCUCAGCAACCUCCCCAAAGCCAGGGCUGCCCUCACCUCAGCCAGGACUACCGCCAAUGCCAUUUACUGUCCCCCAAAGCUCCAAGCGGCUCUUGAUAUGCAGUCAGGUAUCAUCCAUGCAGCUGGGGAGAAAGAUUGGAAAACUGCCUACUCUUACUUCUUUGAGGCUUUUGAGGGCUACGACUCCAUCGACAGCCCCAGAGCAGUCACUUCACUGAAAUACAUGCUCCUCUGCAAGAUCAUGCUCAGCUUGCCAGAGGAGGUACAGGCCUUGAUCAGUGGCAAACUGGCUCUGCGAUAUGCAGGGCGACAGACGGAUGCACUGAGAUGUAUAGCACAAGCCAGCAAGAACAGAUCAUUAGCAGAUUUUGAAAAGGCCCUGACAGAGUACACUAAAGAGCUGAGGGACGACCCCAUCAUCAACACACAUUUGGCCAAGCUUUAUGACAAUUUGCUGGAACAGAAUCUCAUUCGGGUCAUUGAGCCCUUUUCCAGAGUACAGAUAACACAUAUAGCAGGCCUCAUCAAACUUUCAAAGGAUGAUGUUGAGAGGAAACUGUCACAAAUGAUCUUGGACAAAAAAUUUCAUGGCAUUCUUGACCAAGGUGAAGGAGUGCUCAUCAUAUUCGAAGAGCCCCCUGUGGACAAGACUUAUGAGGCAGCUCUAGAAACCAUACAGAACAUGAGCAAAGUUGUGGAUUCACUGUACAACAAGGCUAAGAAGUUAACAUAGAAUAAACACCAGAGGCUGCUGCUGUGUGAAAUGUUUGUAUGCGUGUGAGUUUGCCUGUGUGUAUGGCCAACAUGUGGAACUUUUUUUUCACAGCAAAAAGGGACAACAUUGAGCAAGAUCUACUUGUUCCCCAGUUGAGAGUUUUUAAUGUUUCUUUUCUUUCAAAUGGACAAUUUCAUCUUUCUGAUCCUCAAAUUUUAUUUUUUUUGUUCUUGUCUGUAUCUCUCAACGGCCGACACUGGCCAUCAGGGAAUAUUGUACAACUACAAUAAAAUCCUAAAAUGUCAUAUAGAACUGUAUAGCUCUUCUACAUUUAAAGUUUUUUAAUUACAGCAAUUUUGUGAUACAGACUCUUGGGUUUCGGUUAUCUGGGGUCCAUCGGUUGUUUGCAGUAGUGCAUAUCUUUUUUUAUUUUUUCUUCAUUUUAUGGAUGCACAUUCUAAAUGAUUGUUGUAGAUGAGAGAUUCGAAGGAACUUGGCUGUAAGGAAGAGGCUCUGUAAUAAGCACAGUUGCCAAUCAUAUUACCACACACACACUAGAAAAUUAUUUUCUAAGUUCGUACAAUCGAGUAUUGUUUGCCGUUUACUUUUGCAGUAUACCGUCUUUACAGUUUUGUAUUUACAGUGUACUGUUUGCCAAGUAGGGUGGUUAUAUUAAACGGCCCAAUCCUA